AUGCCCACCACACAACCCCUCCUUCGCCCCACCACCUUCUCCAACAAUAUCCCCCCAACCAAUCGUAUCCGCCUAGUCCCCCACCUUGAUUCCCGCCGUGCCCUCCGUUUCGAACCCGUCUCCUGCGACCUCAGAGACGGUGACACCCCCCUCCGCAUCGGCCGCUUCACAGAUCGCUCAGACACAAACAAACUAGCUUUCAAAAGCAAAGUAGUCUCACGAACUCAUGCAGAGAUUUGGAGCGACAACGGCAACUUUUACAUCAAAGACACAAAAUCAACAUCAGGCACUUUCCUCAAUCAUCUCCGCCUAAGUCCUGCAGGCUCUGAGAGUAAACCAUAUCACCUUAAAGAUGGUGAUAUUGUACAGCUUGGAGUCGAUUAUCAUGGCAAUGCUGACGAUAACUAUCAAUCCGUAAAGAUAAGGAUCGAGGUCGGACACGAGUGGCGUGCUACUGCAUCUGCAUCAUCUGACCGCACAAUCACAUCUUGGGAGUCAUCUAGCGGAGAGCCAGUCGGUCAUCCCCCUAACUACAUCGACACGCUCGCCAAAUAUUCUGAUAAUUCCUUCAUUACCACCCCCUCAGGCGACGAUACGGUGGGGCUGUGGAGCACAAAGACACACCAUCAGACAGGUCAACGCACCACGGAGGUUGAACGUGUCGCAAUUUCUCCCCAUGGAGAAGUGCCCGUGAGUGGAGACCAUGUUGGGAAAGUCCGACUGUGGUCUAUCGGAGACCGUCUACUUGAGCAACGCAAGGCGGAGGGAAGGAUGAGGGACGGUGAAGCGGCACAGCAACAGCCACUCUUCACAUUCAGUGACACGCAGCUGCACUGUCACGACGGUCAAAGCAGCCAUCCCUCGGAAACUGACGAAACCUUAGCGACUGUCUGGGAUGCAUGCAUUGCCGGGGACCUCCAUACGGCGGAAGAGUUACUGACCCAAGAGAUCGACGAAGAUGGCGGAGGCAACGAUUCCUAUGCCAUUCGCUCACUUGUAAGGGCGCGAAAUUUUGAGUGGGAUGAUGCGCUUCAAGACGCAGUCAAGUCAAUUGCUGUACAGCCCUCGUUAUGGGGGUACAUUUCCAAGGGCAUCGCCCUCUGCGGCAACCAGCAGCUUUGGGACGCGAUGGAAGCUUUCGAUCUUGCUUUCAUAUUUUCGGAACACGACUCGAAUCCGAUUAGCAUCGAUCUUUUACUAUUGAUCAAGGCUGUUGCACUUUUCAAUGCCAGUUGCCACGAUGAGGCGAUGCGGCGAGUUCACGAUCUCAUCGGCGCUUACCAGCACUCAGAUACAUUUCCGUGCAGCGUGGUCAACUCGUAUCUACGUGUGCAGCUUGCGAUGAUUGCCUUCGACAAUGAGCAGUACAGCGAAGCCGCUGAUCAACUUACGGCCGAUGUUACUACCACAACCGGCUUGUUCUCACUCAAAAUGCCUUUGGAACCUAGAUUGGAGAUCUUCGCGCUGCUCUUCGGCUGGGACUUCGACUCUAUACAGCAAACUAUUCAUCAAAGACGGUGCGAAGCCUUCCUUCGUGCAGACCGACUCCCCGAAGCGGCCGAAUCUCUUCGAUAUAUGAUGAGCAUGCUUGGCGAACCUAAAAAGGGCAGCUGCCUCGAAUGGUCUACGGCCUUCAAGCAAGACUGUACUGCGCGGUGUGUCGCAAAGGCAGAUGAGGCCGUUGCCGCGGAUAUUUACGAGAUGGCUUUUGACCUGUAUUCUGCAGCGAUUGAGCUGGAUUCCUCGUCCCAUUUCCUCUUUGCGCACCGUGGCAAGGCGAAGUUGGGACGAAAGCUCUAUGCGGAGGCCCUUCACGAUGCGGAGAAGGUUAUUGAGCUGAAACCUUCAUCUUCUCUUGGGUAUGAACUGAAGUAUGCAGCACUUCAGGGGGCACAACGCUAUGAUGAAGCAAUCGAGGUCAUCACAGCCAUGCUCAGCAAGUUGGAUGAUCCCCCCGAUGCACAUAUCCAAAAGUUGCGUCAGCAGUAUUUAAGAUCUGAAGCAGUAGAUGCUAUUGGAAGGGCUAUCCACGCUCACCUGGAAAAUGCCCCUCUUCGUCUACUCAACACCUCCACCGGGCGUUUGUGCGAUCGAGAGACUCAAAUAAACGCCUUCAUGGAAGGCACAGAGUACAGGGAACUUCUAUUUUCAUGGAUGACAGAUGCGCGCCUCCAAACAGAGCCAAUUCAAGACGCGGUCGCGAAGUACUUCAGCUGGGCCAUGUUAUCACAUAGGUGGGAAAGCAAGGAGUUGCUCCUGCACGAGAUCAAGGACAAGGUCGUGUAUGAUUUGGAUCCCGUCGGGACUACUGUGAAGUUGCAGAUGUUCUGCAAAAUUGCUCAUGAUGCAGGCUAUCGCUGGGCAUGGAGCGAUACGUGCUGCAUUGACCAAAACAACAAUGUUGAGGUUCAACGAUCAGUCAACUCCAUGUUUGUCUGGUAUCGCCAGUCAGCUCUUACCAUCGUCUACCUAUUGGAUGUCCCGCCUUGGGCAAAAUCAGGCGCACUAGCGAGCAGUGUUUGGAACACGCGAGGAUGGACUAUUCAGGAAUUCCUCGCUCCUACCGUAGUUCUCUUCUACAAAGCAGAUUGGACCCCAUAUCUCAACAACCACUCUCCCAACCACAAGGAGUCUAUAACCAUCAUGCAGGAGUUGGAAGAUUCGACAGGUAUAGAUGCUCAUGCCCUGGUCGCCUUCCGUCCGGGCAUGACAAACGCCCGAGAGAAGCUCCAAUGGGCGUCUACGCGCGUCACGACGUUGCAGGAAGACAUUGUAUACUCAUUGUUUGGUAUUUUCGGCGUCCAUCUCCCCGUAAUCUACGGUGAGAUGAAGCAAAAUGCGCUCGGUCGGCUCUUACAGGAGAUUGUCGCUCGCUCAGGUGACAUCACCGCCCUGGACUGGGUUGGAAAAUCAUCCGAGUUCAAUAGCUGUCUCCCAGCUGACAUUUCCUCGUACGAAGCUCCUCCAUGCCUGCUACCAUCCCUAUCCGAAGACGAAAUGCAGUCAUCCAUCUCCAUGCUGCGACAAACUGUGCCUGUGGAAUCAGCUUUGAAACUUUAUACCUUCCUUGACAAUCUCAGCGCCCCCCGUUUCGCGAACUUCAGACUCCAACUGCCGUGCAUCGCAUUUCCCGUCACAGAAAUCAGACGGAGGAAUGGUCAAGGUCAGGAACUGACGUGUUCCACUUAUAAUGUCAAAGCAGACGGCCUUCAAGAUUUGUUGAUCGACACGGAAAAUAGACUAUUUCAAUUCUCACGAGCAAGACCCACGCAGCAGACAUUUCUGCUCGUCCGCCCGUGGAACCGCUAUGACCUCGGGUUGCCUGACUUUGCCGAUAAUAAGACCACGGAGGCUUGGUCAUCGUGCUGGUCUCCAUCCUGGUCUGUACCAUUGUCCACGCCCUCGUCUCUGCCAGACCAUUCGCAAAGCGUUUCUGCUGCAGAACAUGAGCCGGUUGAUUCGGAGUCGCACUCGCGAGCAUUGAGGUUGAUCAUGCACCUUGGUCAGCCUUUUAGUGCACUCCUGCUGGCGCAGCAGCGUGGUGGGGAGUACAAGAGAAUUGCCUCCGAUCGCAAUAUUAUCGCACAAAUCAGGGACAUGACUGCUGUUGACGACAUGAUGGACGUCAGGACGCUAGAGAUAUUGUAG